GCCAUGGGGCAGCUCGGAGAGAGGGUGUUUUGUGUUUGCAUCCUUCUGUGUUUGUAUUUGCCUUUGAAAAGCUUUUUCUCCUCAUCACAGCCUUCAUCCUCAGCCUCCUACGACCUGCCGCCACAGUCUACAUAGCGUUCACAUCACAGCUCUGAUGCACAACAGAAGGCUUUUGUCUGCUGACAUGUUUCCCAAUCACAUGCAACAAAAUGCCCACUUUGAGACGGCAUAUCUGUAGCCUCUGCACACAAAAAGAGCAAGCUGAUUUUGAAGGAGUGCUCCUCCCAGGCCCCUUCGCUGAAGCCCAGCAGCACUAAUUGGCCAGUGUUUUGAAGAGCUCACACGGCGACAGGAGCUCCUCGCAAGCGCGGCAGCACAAGAGCACUCAGCGGCCGAGCCGAGCUGAGCGUGCCGAGCCGAGCGAGCCGAGGGGAAGUCGUCCGUCCUCCGGGCUGCCAUGGAUGCCGGAGCGUGUGCCCUGGAGCUGCUGGGGAUGUUCGUCUCCGUCGUGGCCUGGCUCUGCUCCCUGGCCACCACCAUCAUGCCGCAGUGGCUGACGCUGUCCACCGACCUGCUGCCCACCGAGAGCUACGAGCUGGGCCUGUGGGAGACCUGCGUGGUGCAGGAGAUGGGGGGCAUGGAGUGCCGGCCUUACGACAGCCUCCUGGGCCUGCCACCGGACAUCAAGCUGGCACGGAUUCUCAUGUGUGCAGCUCUGGCGUCAGGCGUCCUGGCAAUGCUGGUGCCAAUCCCGGGGCUCCACCUGGUCAACAGCUGCAAGGGCCCCGAGGGCCGCAGGGUCAAGCGGGUGAUGAGGAUGCUGGGGGGCGUCUUCUGCCUCCUGUCUGGGGUGCUGGGCCUGGUGCCGGUGUCGUACAUGGCCCACCUGACGGUGCUGCGCUUCUUCGACGAGUCGGUGCCCGACGUGGUGCCCCGCUGGGAGUUCGGCGAUGCCCUGUUCUGUGGCUGGGCUGCGGGCUUUCUCCACCUGGUGGCUGGGGCCCUGCUGGUCAGUUCCUGCCUCUGCCAGAACGAGGACCGCCACCCCGCCUCCAGAGCGAGGCGUGAGUUCAGGGCCCCGGACCCCACGUCCCAGAAGAGGUCGGAGUACGUCUGAAACCGGUCCUUAGGAUUCCUCUGGAGAAAGUCGAACCAUUUUGGUGUCUCCCCCUCACUCUCUAGAGGUGAAAGGAUACCCCUUUCUCUUGAGGCUUUUUGUUAAAGUCAUCUUUGUAACGGGGUGGGAAAGUUGCGAGGACAGUUCUUGAAUGAUAAAUAUUUGCUUUCAAGUAUUAGUUGCACUUUGAAGCUGCAAAAUGUUUUUAAAAACAGUAGCGAGAAAUUCAUCUGCUGCUUCCUAUAUACAGUUUUCCUUUCUUGACGCAAUCACCAUGUUAAUGGCUUUCAGUCUCCUAGAUGAUUUAGAACGUUAUUCCAUAUUAUUCGCCAAUAUUUUGACAGUACUUUGUCAGUGUUUACUAAAUCUAUACAAAUGGAAGUUUAUGAAUAUGAUAUACAAAAUAAGUGAUAGCCUACUUGUACAUAUUCUGGUAUUUUUCAUCUUGAUCUUGACAACACAGCUUUUAUGCUCUUUAUAUAAUGAAAGGAGAGAUGGUACACUAGAGUACUUGACAAUUUGAGAACGAUAGAGCGGGCGAUAUAUUGCCAUUUUUCAAUGCAAUUCAGACUUCAGGAGAUUUUCCUGGCAAUGUGAAGAUGACCGGUGAUAUGAUAAAUCAAAUGGUUAAUCAACGAUUGUACUGUUUUUGCGUAAUCAUCUACUUGUAUUUAUUAUUUACACAUUAGUUUUCGCCAACACUUGCAGUCCCCGUGUCUCUGUCAUAACAGAGCGCAUUGCAACGGUUCAGUAAAAUGAGAAUCAGACCAUCUGUAAAUCGCAGCAUCGUGUAAAUUGUGGUUAAUAUUUGUUUUUACUGUUGAAACUGCAAAGAGAUAAAGAACUUA